UAUGUUUAACAGAACCGGAAGUCAAGGUGACCAAUCCUAAUUUAGUGUUGGAAGGAUUUCAAAAAUCCUGGAGACAGCAUCAGUGGAUAAUUGCAUGUACUGUUUAAACAAGAAGCCUGAAAAUUGUCUACUCUGGUUGCCGUAGGCUUAAACUAAGUAGGAAGCUGAAAAAUGGGUGAUGAUUCAGAAUGGAUGAAGCUUCCUACAGAGGAAAAGUGCAACCACAAGCUGUGGAAGGCUCGUUUAGCUGGAUAUGAAGAACUUAUAAAGACCUUAGGUGGCUUGGACAAUGACAAGAGUCCUGAGUUUACAAAGUGCUCAGGUAUGAUGAAAAAAAUUGUAUCUGACAACAAUGCUGUUGCCCAAGAAAAAGGGUUGGAUGUGGUCAUUGCAUUUUUGGAGAAUGCAUCAACACAGAUUGGUGCCAGAACUAUUGGUGAGGUGGUCAGUGGAGUUGUGGCUAAAUGCCUGAGUGCUACCAAGCAGAAGACUAAGGAAAAAGGAAUGGAGAUCAUCAUGCUUUACUUUGAGCUGGACAAACCAGAUGCUGUACAGGAAUGCUUGAUGGCUGGCCUAGAAAACAAAAACCCAAAGGUUGUUAUUGGUUGUGUGCAAUGCCUGACAAGUGCACUGCGAGAUUUUGGCACCAAGGUGAUUCAAGUCAAACCAUUGUUGAAGUUUCUUCCUAAGCUACUGGAAGAUCGUGAUAAAAAUGUCAGGGAUGAAACUAAAGCAUUGGUCAUUGAACUGUACCGCUGGAUUGGGGCUGCUCUCAAACCACAGAUGUCCAACUUCAAACCUAUUCAAGUGCAAGAACUUGAAGAGGAGUUUGAAAAACUUGCUGGGCCAAAGCCUGUGCAAACACGAUUUAUGCGCUCACAGCAGGACCUGAAAGCAAAGAUGGAGGAACAGGCUGCCACUGCAGCAAGUGGUGGGGAUGGAGGAGAGGAAGAAGAGGGUGAGGCAGAUGACGUGGAUCCCUAUGAGCUAAUGGAAUCCGUGGAUAUUCUCGCAAAGAUUCCUAAAGACUUUAGCGACAAAAUCGAAGCCAAGAAAUGGCAGGAACGGCGUGAGGCUUUGGAAGCAUUACAAAAGCUUGUGGAAGCCCCUAGGAUUGAGAAUGGCAAUUUUGGUACCCUGGUCAGCACUCUUCUGAAGGUUAUUGGAAAAGACAGCAAUGUAAUGCUUGUCAGCUUAGCAGGAAACUGUCUUACAAGCCUUGCUAAAGGACUCCGGAAAAACUUCGUAACUUAUGGACCAAAUUGCAUGGGAGUCAUUCUUGAGAAGUUUAAGGAGAAGAAGCAGAAUGUGGUUCAAGCUUUAAGAGAAGCCAGUGAUGCCAUCUUUGCUUCAGGGAUCAGUCUGGAGUCAAUCAUGGAAGAGACAGUUGCUGCACUUGAUAACAAAAACCCAAGUGUCAAGGCUGAAACUGCCCUAUUCUUGAGUCGAUGCUUUGCCAGAUGCACACAGACUACCUUACCAAAGAAGAUGCUAAAGGCCUACUGUGUACCUUUGUUGAAAACAGUGAAUGACACAGAUCCACAGGUGAGAGAAGCAUCCUUUGAAGCCCUUGGUGUUGCUAUGAAGGUUGUAACAGAGAAGCAUAUCAUGCCUUUCCUUGCAGAUGUGGAUGCUCUCAAGAUGCAGAAGAUCCAAGAGCGGUGCCAGAGUGCUGUGCUGCUCAAUGCCAAAGGAGAACCACGUGCAGGAGGGGGAGGGGGUGGAGAGGGGGCCCCACCCAAAAAGAAUGAGCCAAAGCCAGUCUCAAAACCUCCCCCCAAGUCAGCUCCAACAGAAUCAGCUUCUGCACCAGUAGUGGCAAAGCCUGCCAAGAAGCCAGUCACUAAAAAGCCUGGUAGUGCAGCAACAAGUGGUGCUGGUGGUGCUGGGAAAAAGGGUGGCAAACCUAAAGGCAAAGAGAAGGGUGCAGGAAAGGCUGAUGUGGCCUCUGAACCUUUGCUUUCGGAUGAGGCAGUUGAUGAAAAGGCAGGUGCUGUUUUACCUAGCGAUUUGUUGACUGGCUUGGAAAGUGGGAAUUGGAAGGAGCGCAUGGCAGCAAUGGAGAAAUUCAUAGAGGUUACAAAAGGGAUGAGCAAAGAAGAAAUCCCUUGUCAGGUGUUUGUAAGAGUUCUAAAGAAGAAACCUGGGCUGAAGGAAACAAACUUCCAGGUGCUAAAGCUGAAAUUGGAUUUGCUGGCACACUUGGGACAGAAUUCUCGGUUCUCUCGCCAGUCUGCAGACCUGGUGCUCAGUGAAAUAAUUGACAAAGUUGGGGAUGUCAAAAAUGGAGCUGCUGCCCAGGAAGCUCUCAGCUGCAUCAGUGAAGCUUGUGGCUUAGAGUUUGUGUCAGAGCAGGCUCUAGCACUGGCGUUUGAACAGAAGAAUCCCAAAAAUCAGUCAGAAACUCUCAACUGGCUGGCCCAGGCUAUUAAAGAGUUUGGUCUCAAGGUCCCAAUCAAGCCAGUCAUAGCUGCUGUUAACAAGGCUCUUGCUGCAACGAAUCCAGCUGUUCGCACUGCUGGUAUCACUUUGCUUGGUACCAUGUAUAUGUACAUGGGGGCCAAAUUGAGAGUUUUCUUUGAAGAGGAGAAGCCUGCUUUGCUGCAGCAGAUUGAUGCAGAGUUUGAGAAGGUGAAAGGUGAGAAGCCACCACCAGCAACACGAGGAUUGGUUGCCUCUGAGGGGGGUGACGAGGAAGAAGGAGGAGGUGGAGAGGAAGGAGAGGGAGAGGAAGGAGAAUUGCAAGAUCUCGUCCCUCGCACAGAUAUCAGUGAUAGAAUCACAGAAGAGCUGAUCACAAUGAUGACUGACAAGAACUGGAAAGUAAGAAAUGAGGCACUGCAGAAAGUGACUGAAAUUCUGAAAGAGGCCAAAUUCAUCACAGCAAAUCUAGGAGAACUACCUGAAGCACUCAAAGCACGUCUGAGUGAAUCCAACAAGAAUUUGCAAAUGACCACCAUUACUAUCUGCUCCACACUGGCCACAGCCAUGGGUACCCAUUGCAAGCAGCAUGUCCGCGUUAUUGGACCUGGUCUCAUCUCCUGCCUCACAGAUAGCAAACCGCAGCUGAGAGCAGCGGUUGUUGCAGCCCUGAACUUGUGGGUGGAACAGGCAACUCUUGUACCGUUUGUGGAAUGUGAGGCUCUUGUUGAUGGUCUCAAAACAGAAAAUCCAAACCUGCGUGCUGAGCUACUGGGAUGGCUGUCAGAGAAGCUUCCAGCACACAAAACCUUGCCAGUAGAAUUCAAAGAUUGUGUUCCUUUCCUACUCACUUGCUUAGAAGACCGUAGUGGUGAUGUGCGCAAAAAGGCUCAGGAUGCCAUCAUCCCCUUUAUGAUACAUGUUGGUUACAACAACUUUGUGAAAGCAGUUGGCAAGUUGAAGCCAGCUUCAAAGGAUCAAGUGAUGCCUCUGCUGGAGAAAGCCAAAGGAGAGCUGCCUGCCAAAGCUCCACCACCCGCCAAGAAAAAGGCACCUACAGCAGCUCCAUCUCGCCCAGUUGUCAGCGAUGAUGUUGAUGAGGAAGAUGAGGAAGAGAGACAGGCUGCCCCAGCUGCCAGGCAAGAAUCUAAGAAUGAAAAGGCUGAUUCCAAGUCCAAAACGCAAAGCAAAGCUACUAAAGCCGUCAAGUCAGCCCCUGCAGCCUCCAGCAACAAGAAGAAGGAGGAAGAGGAUGUUGGCCCUCCCAUGACGCUUGCUGUUUCCAAAGAACAGAGAGUGAAGGAUGAGAAGGCCAUGAAGGUUCUGAAGUGGAACUUUGUUGAACUGCGAGCAGAAUUUGUGGACCAGCUGAAGAGUCAGAUGGAGAAGAAUUUUAGUCCUAGUCUUAUGGGACAGCUGUUUCAUUCAGACUUCAAAUUCCACAUUAAAGCCAUUGAGCAGCUUAUAGCUUGUCUUGACAGUCUUGAAAAUGAGACGGUUGGCAACGUUGACCUGAUUCUCAAGUGGUGUACUAUUCGCUUUUAUGAUACAAAUCCAUCAAUGAUCAACAAAGCCAUGGAUUAUCUCCAGCAACUCUUCUUGCACUUGGCUGACCUUGACUACCACCUAAGUGACCUCGAGGCAUCCUCUUUUAUUCCCUACCUGGUUCUAAAGGUUGGAGAUGCUAAAGACAAUGUCCGAAAAGAUGUGCGCAACAUCUUUAAGCUCAUUUGCAAAGUGUACCCAGCCAGCAAGAUGUUUACUUAUCUUCUAGAUGGCCUUAAGUGUAAAGUUGCCAAGCAACGUGCAGAGUGCUUGGAAGAGCUUGCAUGCUUGGUAGAGAUCUAUGGAGUUAACAUUUGCCAACCAUCACCAGCACAAGCUCUGAAAGUGAUUGCUGCUCAGAUUGGUGAUCGGGACACAGGUGUUAGAAAUGCAGCCCUCAAUACCAUAGUGUCAGCCUACAUGAUCCUUGGGGAUGGGGUCUACAAAUUCAUAGGAAAUCUGAAAGAAAAGGAACAAAGUCUUCUGGAUGAACGGAUCAAACGCAGCAUGAAGAGCAAACCAGUCAAACCCAUUGUGGAGGAGAGGCCACGUACUGCACCAGCUCCACCCCCUAGCAAGCCAGUCACACAACAAACCAUCCCAAGACCAGCAUCAACCAUCCCAAAGUCAUCCUCCUCAAAUUCAAUCCGCAAGGAGUUUGCGCUGGAUGUAGACACAGAGCCUAUUUCAGAUAAUCUGGGAAUGCCACAGUUAAUACAGCAUGACUUAGAUCACCUGUACGAGCCUAUUAAACUGCCAAAAAUCAGAGCCCGACCUCCUUCUCCGCUGAUGAAACAUUUGUCAUCUUCAGAAGCCACAACAGCUAUUGGCUAUGUAAUCUCUCAGGUUACAAGCCCAGACAUUACAACUAGCAUCCAGGCCUUGGCACAGAUUGACGAGGUUCUGAAGGAGGAGGAGCGGGCAGAGGUGCUGGCAGGUCACCUGGACAAGCUUUUGCUGAUGCUGAGCAUGCAGUUCCGCAUGGCACACUCCACUUUCAUGGGCGACCCUGAAACCCCUCGUGAUGAGGUGGUCAGGCUAUAUCGGUGUCUUCUCAGCACGGUGCUGCAGAUAUUCCAGCUGAGUAAUCUUGGCUCCAAGGCAUCUAAAGAUGUUCUUCGUGAUUUGAUGACAAGCCUCAUCACUGUUCUUCUUGACAACCGCCUGAUGGAGCUUGAGGAUGGACCGUUGGUGGUUCGUUCUGUAAACAUCACUGUGGUCAGAAUUGUUGAGAGGGCAGACAGCACAAGUAUCAUGGGGGCUCUGAUCAGAUUAUUACAAGAUUGUGUUGGGAGUGAGACAUGUUCAGCUAAAUUCCUGGAAAUCGUCAUGAAGUGUUUGUGGAAGAUGGUGAGAAUGUUACCUAACAUCACCAAUGAGCUCAACAUUGACCGCAUCUUACUGGAUGCCCAUAACUUCAUGCGAGCUUUUCCAUCGCAUACUUGGAAGGAACGGCGCAAUGAUCAUCCACUGCGGACCAUAAAGACAGUCCUGCAUUCUUUAGCUAAACAGAAGGGUAACAAGAUACUCAGCCAUACAGGUCUCAUUGACUCAGGCGAGAACUCUGAAGUAGAGGCAUACCUGCACAAAGUUCUGAAAGAUGGAGUUGCUGGAAAUAAUGCUCGUAAUGAGGAGGUCACUGCAGAUAGUUCCAGGGGAUCAUCUUCAAAGUCCAAGCGUCUGUCAAAGAGCACACAUGACAUGCUGGCAGAGAUUUUCAAGAAGAUUGGCUCAAAAGAAAACACAAAAGAGGGUCUGAAUGAUUUGUAUGACUUCAAGAAGAAGUAUCCUGAUGCUGAUUUGGAACCCUUCCUUAAGAAAUCCUCACAGUUCUUUCAGAACUACAUCGAACGUGGGCUUAAAAACAUCGAACAGGAGCGUGAAGGAAAGAAACCGGAAGCUUUUGAUGUGAUAUCUGUUGUCAAACCUCUGUCGGAAACUGCAUCCAAUGGAGAGAUGAUAGGAGCAGACUACUACAUGCAGCGGCUCAGUGCCAUACGAGCCCGCUGUGGCCUAGACGCCAUUGAGAAUCGGGCAGAAAAGUCAAGUCCAGUCUCAAAGUCUUCCCAUUCAUCGUCGGAACAGGAUCUUGAAAAUAUUGCAAGCACAUCAGAAUCUGAGCCGGAGAUUCGAAUUCCCAACAGUACAUUGCAAACCACUGCAUCUUCCACGUCACAAGGUUCAUCAGUGGACAUCACAGAACUGAAAAUGCGCUUGGAGCGGAUAAAAAAAAUGGCAACCACUUGAUAGGAAUAACAACUGCACCAGUCUUAGCUAGCAUUCCUGUUGUUUACUCGGUUUGAGGAUGUCUGAACAAUUUUUUUUUUCUUCCUCUGCAGGCUUUUUUUCACUAAGCUUGCAUCUGUACACCUAGUAUUUCUUGUGACACUAGAAUAUAUGUACAGUAAUUUAUUUUGGGUUUUUAUCAUUAUUUUUUUUGUGUGAGCAUGCCUGUUGCCCACUCCACAGAUAUGAUUGGUUUUUAUUAAUUACUGGAACAAAUGGUGUAAACAAGGGAGGAAACAGGAUAUGUUUGGCAUGCUUUCUGAUCUUCAGGGAUUUGCAUACUUUGAUGUAGAAUUGUGUACGUGCAGCUUUAUUGAUAGCUCUUGCCAUGGUUAAUUAGUGAACCUAUUUCAUGCAGAGACAUGAGACAGAAGCAGUCGAGUUUUAAUCUGCAUGUAGACGCUACCAGCUUUUAUUUUUUUGUACAGGAAGAGGUGCAUUUUGGUAGCCAUAGGUUUGUGUGCUACAAUACUGUUGAUAUGUCAUGUUUUGAUAAUCAACUAGUGUGUGUAAGCUUGUCUGAAAGUACUGUGGUGCAUCUCAACAUGCAGUGAGUUGGUGGAUGUAGAUGCUCGGGAAGCAUUUUACCUUGAAACAUUUCACGAAAUAAACCAGCAAAACGUUUGCUUGCUUUCUCACUCUUUCUGUACCCCUUGUCUAAUCUCCAGGAUGUUUUCCUCCUCAUCUAAGGAUGGAAUUGAUGCUGAACUGAAAAGAACAAUGGAUACAAAGAUAAUUUGUGGAUCCAGUGGUGUGGAAGCAAAUCUUUGCAUUGUAACCAUCUCAUCACCAUACACAUAUUGCAUACAAUUUAUCUUUGAGAGCCCUAACAAAAAUAAUUGUUGCUGAGCUUGCAGAAAUUUUCGUUAUUGCUUAAUGAUUUAUAUAUUUACAGCAAUGUGCUGAGUAAAAGUGAUGGGUCAUGCAUGCAUAGAUUCCCCCAGGAAUGUUGCCUUUUGUGUAAGUUGCUCUCCUUUGUCAGCACAGCCAUUUACCAGGCAUAUAUUUUCUUGGUGCUACCCUUAAUCUCAUUCUCUUAAUUGCAGUUCUUGGAUAAGGGUUUUUGUUUUUGUUUUUGUUUUAUUUCACUAGAAACUAGACUAGAGGGUGCUACAAAGUAGACUGUGGUUCCCAAGAAAUAAUAUUUUAUACUUUUUAGAUGUGUUGUUACCUUAUUACAUCAUGAAACUGUAAUGUGUUGUACUGUUGGUACCUUCUUGUGGAGGUGUCAGUAUAAGUUUGCAACACUGUGAUCUGCAUUUUGUUCCAAAAGUUCAUUGAAGGUAAUGUUGAUACCACAGCUUGCAAACUGCAGAUGUCUCCCUCUGUUGAAUGGUAAGUGCCAUAAAAAUAGCAUGUUGAUGUGCUUACAAGAUCUGGUUCUUUUCAAUUUUUCUUUUAAGAAAAACAAUAAUUCCUGUGUUCAGACUUCAGACAGCAUGUACACUACAGAUCUGGUGCCAUGUGAUGUUCAUGUGCUUGUGCUUAGGUGCCUUUCUAAACAGAAACCAGGACUCAUCUAGCUUUUACCUUGAGAAAAUGACCUGAUAUUCUAAUGAUGUUGUUCAUAUGUGCAUCUGUUUUCCUCCCUCCAAACCAUUUGUUGAUCUAUUUUGACUUCUGUUGACUGAGCAUAAUACCUACAAAGCAUUUGGAAGUUUUGUCUAUAUUAAGUAAUGUGAAUGGUAUACUCUACUAGAACUUAAAAAGAAAUAGAAAUUGCUGCACCUGUAUCAAUGGGCUGAAAAGCAAGUUGAAUUUCUGGAGAUUGUACAAUGUGCAAUACAGUUUGCUAAAUGUCCUGCACCUACCUACACUGGUUGUUUUAACUUUUUAAACUAAUUAGUGUCCAUUGUGCAUGGUCUUCUCUACGUGUCUACUUAUCUCCUCUUGCUCAUCUGAUCUGCCCGUGCUCACCUGCAAGGUAAAACCUUGAAUACCUAUUUGAAAUUGUGGAUGCCGUUUGUAUUGAAGGCUCUUCAGUUCUUUUCACAGAGCACACCAGAGCUAAGUUGAAAUUGCUUUAGUGAAAGAACAAAGUUUUGAGACCCAUUUAACUCUUUACAGUUUUUUUAUUCAUCCAUCAAAGAUGUUUUUUCGAGUAAACUGUAAAGAGUUGAGAGAAGGGCACUUUCUGACACAAUGUUCCUGUUGCACAGCAGAUUGCUUCAGUCUCACUUGUAUGUUUAGCAUUUGAAGAGAAUUGUCUGAUUAGCUUUGUAAAGUGCCUAUACCCUGUGUUAAUAUAUAGUGUUUAUGGAAGCUUGCCAUGUAAGUGACUGGAUUUAUUGUUUGCAUUAAAGGUCUGCAAUGCUUCCCCUCCAUCCCCGAAGGGAAAGGUUAGCUAUUUGUGAAUAAAAUCAUGUAGGUAAAGAACAGAAGGAUGUGAACUUAAAAGGUUUUUUCCUGGGGGUGGGGGUAGAAUUCUCUCAAACGGUGCAGGAAAAAAACCUUUGGGUUUUUUUUUCUGCCCUAGCCAGAACACAAUUUUCACACACUCCUUUCUCUCUGUCUAUGCAUCCACACAUCAUCAUUAGCAGCCACGUAACUCAAAGCAGUCUUGUUUAACAGGAUGUGUAAACAGGGUUGUUUGAUUUGCUUUUUGUUAAGCUUUAAUUUUGCUGUCACUGAUUACUUCACUUUUUUGUGCAUACAUAAAAUUUGAGCACAGAUGGUAAACAUUUGCCUGUAUAUACGAAUGUACAUAGGGUCAUACCUAUGGCCCCGCCUCAGCCUGUCCUAGUCUUACCUUAUUGGCUGAGUGCUUACCUCCUUGAUAGUAAAAAUCGAAAUCCUUAGAUCUUUUUUUCAGUAUGUUAUGUUUUUAGCAGUUGCUUAUCCCCACGCAUUGUCUGUGAUCUGUUGUGCACUGUAUGUGCUAUAAAGAUGUAACCAACAUCAACUUUAUGCUGAUGGUACAGCUCAUCAUGCAUGUGCUAAAAGAUUGGAGGGAAGGAGUUAAUUUGCAUAUGGUGGGUUCCAUGCAGCAUGAUGCUUUUAAACAAGUGCUUCCGCUGGUGCAUGCACUUCCAUGCAUAUAAAUUAUAAAGAUGCAUUCUUCUCUGGAGAAAAUGGAAAAUGUCCAGUUUCUUGUAUUAGUGCUUGUGGUAGUAGUUGCCCAUGUGAUUCAAACCCAGUGCAUGAUAAAUGCUCCUACAUUUUUGACUGCGUGCAUGUCUGUCAGGAUAAAUUUUUACAUUGCUGCUGGAGCCAUACACCACUUAUUGGGUAUUUGCACAUUGUCUUGCUCUGAAAAGGUUCCUUUGUAAAAUCUUUCUGAAAGCUUAAUUAUCUGACCCUAAGAUGGGAAAUUUAUUUUAUGUGCUGCAGAGAGCACACUUAUUUACGUUUUUAUUUAAGCAUUUAGACUGCUUCAGCCGACAGUCAUCAGGUGGUUGUGAGCAUAAAGUUUAAGUUUGCUGUAUCUCGUCCAUGCAAAAGCAAGUACCAGAAAAGUAGUGCGCAUUGACUGGGCACUGGUCUGGGUGGUGUGUGCUGAUAGGCAGGCAACAUCCAUGAGUGGGAGUAAGCACAGUAUUGGCAUGGUGAGAGAUGAUUAUUGGAGCUAAAAGUUAAAUUGACCAUUCAGUUUGGGUGGCUUGAGGAGGCCCAGCAAUCAUGAGGUGGUGGUGAGAAGGUCAAAGUUCAUGUUUCUCAGCAUGAUCAUGUUGGCAGUGUGUGUAUAGUACUGGAAAAUGCAUUGAUUUUUUUUUUUAUCAUUUGUAAUUUGCAUCAUGAGAGUGAAAAAACAUGGCUUAACGCAUUAUUACCAAUUAAAAAAAAAGGCAAGACAUUU